AGUAAAACGCAGUAGCGGGAGAGAGGAGGCGCCCGCGGCCUCCCCUGCUGAGGCCAUGUCCCAGCCUGUGGGAUGUGGGAGGAGGCCUGGGACCCUAGGGCCUCCCGUGCGCAGCGUCCGGCCCUUUAAGUCCAGCGAGCAGUACCUGGAAGCCAUGAAGGAGGACCUGGCUGAGUGGUUCCGGGAUCUCUACGGGCUGGAUGUCGACGCGGCCAGCUUCCUACAAGUGCUGGAGACGGGCCUGGUGCUGUGCCAGCAUGCCAACGCCAUCACUGAGGCCGCUCUGGCCUUCCUGGCUGAGGCACCUGCCCGAGCCCAGAGGAUUCCCCUGCCCCAGGCCGGGGUUUCCUGCAACGGGGCCGCCCAGCCGGGCACCUUCCAGGCCCGGGACAACGUCUCCAACUUCAUCCAGUGGUGUCGCAAGGAGAUGGGUAUCCAAGAAGUGCUGAUGUUCGAGACGGAGGACCUGGUGCUGCGCAAGAACGUGAAGAACGUGGUACUGUGUCUGCUGGAACUGGGCCGCCGCGCCUGGCGCUUCGGGGUGGCGGCGCCCACCCUCGUGCAGCUGGAGGAGGAGAUCGACGAGGAGCUGCGGCUCGAGCUGUCCCUGCCCCCGCCCGACCCCCCGCCGCCCGAGCCCCCCGCGCGCCGACCCUGCCACUUCCGCAACCUGGACCAGAUGGUUCAGAACCUUGUGAGCCACUGCACAUGUCCGGUUCAGUUCUCCAUGGUCAAGGUGUCUGAGGGAAAGUACCGUGUGGGGGACUCCAACACCCUCAUCUUCAUCAGGAUCCUCCGGAACCACGUGAUGGUGCGUGUGGGGGGCGGCUGGGACACACUUGGCCAUUAUCUGGACAAACACGACCCCUGCCGGUGCACGUCCCUCUCACACAAGCCUGGCAGCUUCCUGAAGCCCCCAGUUCCCCCUGUGCAGCAUGAAGUAAAGGUACAGGAUGAGCCCUCACAGCCACAGCCAACGAUGACCAUCAGCCGCUCCCAGAGCCCACUGCCCCCUGUGGACUGGAAGACAUAUACCUCUUCAGGCCGAAAGCUGAGGCCCCCCACCUCGGCCUCCCCCAGCCCCUGUAGUGAACGAGGAGCAGGGGCAGGGGUCCUCAGAGAGACAGCACCAUUCCUGAGGUACCAGGAGAAGUCACUCGCCCCAUCUCGGAGGCAGCUGCCAGCUGGGGACAGCCCACCCAACCCUCGAUCCCCACCCUCCCAUAGGGGCCAAGACCCAUGGUGCACCUCCUCAGGGAAGAGGGAGGACAGAUACCCCUUGCAACUCCUCAGGGGAACGACUCCCACAUCUUGGGUUCAUGAGGAGACAGACAGCUGGGGAACUCAUGCCAGGGCCCCCACCCCGCAGAGACUCCGAGCACCUGAGGCCACCGCCAAGGGGACACCAGCAAGAGGAACAUCUCCCCUGCCUCAUUACUCCAGCUCCGCCAAGCCCGCGGGCCCCAGGCAGCCACCCUGGGGUGAGGCUGAGGGUGCUUCCUCCCAGCUCAGGGAGCCAGCAUCUGUCCGUUCUCCAUCCCCUGUUAAAGCGCCCACCAAGAUCCCCAUCCAGCUGUCUCCUGCCCAUCCCCCAACUCCAGGAAGAAGCUUUCCAGGUACUGCAAGUGGAGGUUCCACAACAGAAGUGGGGAGAAGCCCUAUCCCAUUAAGGGCCGUCACUGGGGACCUGGCUGGGCCCAGACAUGGGGACUGCUCUGUGGAAGGGAGGCAAGGAGACCAGAAGCUGGACAUCCGGGUGACAGCAGAGGCUGGAAAGCCACAAGGCCUGGGCCCACAGGGGAGGGAGGGGAGGUACAUGCCCCUGCCCUUGGCAGGGACUAAGGAGCAAGCCAUCUAUCACAGCCUGGAGGGGGAGCUUUUGGCCAACAUGAAGCUGCUAGAGGUGGGGGGUGCCUGUCCCUGGGGCCCAGGGUCUGGGGCCAUCCCUCGUAGUGGAGUCUACGUCCCCAGCCUGGGUGGGCGGUGGUGUGAGCCUGGGGGUCCUUAUGACAAAGUCAUUCACGAACUGGCUCAGGGCCCCCCACCUCUCCUUAAAGUGGACUUGGGAGCCUGGAAAGCAGCCCCUACAGGCUGCCCUAAGCCAACUGUUACCACAGACCCAGGAAGCCCAAAAGGGAAACUAGGAGCUCAAGAGAGUGGGCCCUGGACAAAGGCAAACCUGAGCGCCAAGGGCCCCAGGAUGAGGAAGGUCCCAGCUCAAGGAGGGCAGGACUGCUCAGCACCUACUGUGUCUGCCAACCAGGAGGGCCCCACACCUUUGUCCUCAGACCCCAAUUCUGACAAAGCCAAGGCAUGUGCCGGCAAGGGCAAGAGAACACUCCGGAAGCCCCAGAGGGUCCCAUCCAUCUACAAGCUGAAGCUGAGGCCCAGGAUGCGGCCCCGGCGAGACCACAGACCUGAGAAGCGGCCUUCACGAAUCCCCAAGCCACUGGCCUACCUCCACCUGGGUCCAGCCAGGGUGCCCCCCAUGGGCAGGCUGGUGAGAGCAGGGCUGGGCAGAAAGGGAGGGGAGGCAGCCCUGGUGGAUGAAGUCUGGAGUGGGGAGGAGGAGGAGGAAGGAAGGGAGAGGAAAGAGCCAGCAUCCCCACAAGAGAGCAGCCUCCAACCUUUGGAGGGGCUGGGGCCUCAGCAGCUGGAUCCAGCCACACUCCCACCUGAGGAGGAGUCCUGGGUCUGACAAGGGGCUUCUCAUCCCCCCAACUGUGGGUGUGGGAAGGAGGGAAGCAAAAAGAAUGUGCAUGUAUCCACUGGCUUCUCAGCUGCAGGAUCGAAGGGAAGGUGCCCCACCUCAGUACAGGUCUUGGCCAGGAGAGGUCAGAAGACAAAUACAGACUCAAUCUGCUCAGCUGUGCAAAAGGCCAACCCAUCACUCCCACUCCAACUCCAGUUAGGCUAGGGGCGGUGGGGCCCACCUGUAUCUUAUUCAUCUCCCCCGGAACAGCUCUCCAGACUCCUUUCCUCUGACCUCUGGCCAUGCCAACCAUUUCCACAACUCUUAAAAGUUAUUAAACACAUGUGGGUCUGUCCUUGAGCUCCUAACUCGAGUCCCUCACUCUAGGGCCGUGGUAGUGCAAAAAGGU